AUGGCGCAGCAGGUUGCCGCUCUUCUGCCCGGGCUGGCGGUCGGGGGUGACAAUGUGCUCUAUGGAGGCCUUGGAUCUGGGUUCUCGGAGAGCAGCGGACUGUUGAAGCGCGAUGCUUGUGUGGAUGCCUUUGGCACGGGUUGGAUUACAAGCACCUGCACUCCAGGAACAACACUGUGUUGUGAGCAUGUUGCCAUCUUGAUCGUGCUCCCGGCUGACACAUGGGAGGUCAGAUCUCCCGCGGUGGCACAAGAACGAUGUUUCCUACAAAUGUCCAAGAAAGUCUGGCGGCCCGGAAGUAGUGCAACGGUAAAGACAGGCUAA